AUGAAAGAAUUCAAGCGUCGCGACGCCCGGCAUCGUGAAUUAGUUUUGCAUGGGUCGGCCUUUUCUGGAGUUAAUCCGGAGCUGACGAGAGGGAAAGCAACAGCCUUCGUUUCUAGGACACGCGUUAAAGGUGCUUUAGAAUUCUAUUGGUGUAAAAAGCCAGGUCGUUUCCUAGAAAACCUACCCAAGACUUCAGUGAUUAUAUGUUUCCAUAACGAAGCGUGGUCAGUGUUACUCAGGACAGUACACUCGGUCCUAGACCGAUCGCCCGAGAGACUGAUCGAAGAAGUCGUUUUGGUAGACGAUUUCUCCGACAUGGAUCAUCUGAAAGGACAGUUGGAGGACUAUUUUUCCAACGAACCCAAAGUUAAGAUUGUGAGAGCGCCGAAGAGACUUGGACUUAUAAGGGCGAGAUUGAUAGGUUACGAACACGCCAAAGGCGAGGUACUCACUUACCUGGAUUCGCAUUGCGAAUGCACCGAGGGUUGGUUGGAGCCCUUACUGGACCGUAUCGCUCGUAACUCGACCAACGUGGUGUGUCCGGUAAUCGACGUCAUUGACGAUACCACUUUGGCCUACGUUUAUCACGAUAGUACCGGCGUCAACGUGGGCGGGUUCGAUUGGAACUUGCAAUUCAAUUGGCACGCGGUGCCUCAACAUGAAAGACAACGUCAUAAGGACACUGCUGAGCCGGUUUGGAGUCCUACUAUGGCUGGAGGAUUGUUUAGUAUUGAUAGACUCCCAAUCGGAAAAUCACUCGGGCAUCAACCAAGAGUGAAGGAAAAACAAUCACCCGGUCAUCAACCAAGGGUGAAGAAAAGAAUGCAUUCGGCCAUCAACCAAGAAUGCAAGAAAGACAGACCACCUGGAAACGAUAAGGGCGAUUUCGGCGACAUCAGUCAAAGGAAAGCUCUAAGAGAGAGUCUCCAAUGCAAAAGCUUCCAGUGGUACUUGGACAACAUUUAUCCGGAAUUGUUUAUACCGGGAGAUGCUGUGGCUAGUGGAGAGAUGCGUAAUUUAGGCUACGGAGGCAAAACCUGUUUGGAUUCUGCCGCGCGCAAGAGCGACAUGCACAAACCCGUAGGCCUAUAUCCGUGCCACAAACAAGGAGGCAACCAGUUCUGGCUGUUCAGCAAAAACGGCGAAAUCCGUCGGGACGAGUCCUGCCUGGACUACAGCGGACAAGAAGUCAUUCUGUACCCGUGCCACGGCAGCAAAGGGAACCAGUUCUGGAACUACGACAAUCUCACCAAACUGAUACGGCACGGCAGCAGCGACAAGUGCAUGGCGAUCAACGUGGCCAAAACCAAAAUAGUGAUGGAACAUUGCGAUUCGAAUUCGUCCCAUCAAAGAUGGGACAUGGAAAAUUACGACAAAUCCAAACUGUAGUUUUUGUGCGCGUAUAUGAUGGACCUCUUUUCAAUUUAGAAUUAUAAUAGCCGGAUUGUGGACUAUUUGACAAUGUGACUUUUAUUAUGCCUGCUAGUACUAGUGAUAUUUUUAUAUUUUGUUUUUGUUGUAUAAUAAUAUUCAGUCGUUAUUAUUCAAACAUUCCUUUAUAUGUAUAGUAACUUUUAGUCCAAUAUUGUUUAAUUAAUUGGACAAUAUGAUGAUGAAAAUAUCAAUAAUUAAUUAAAUUAAAACAUAUCCCUGACUGGUAUCAUCAUAUUAUAAAUUAAUCUGCUCAAUAUAUUUACAUUCUAUUAAACAUAUAGUAUAUAUUGCGAUGAGUUUUUUAGACCAAAUCAAAUAAUAACUUCAUAAAGGAAUUAUCUAAGGGUGUCAGGUCUGGAUAUUUAGCUGGCCAAAUGGUGAUAAUUUAGAAUGCUUUUAUCUGAAUACUAAAUUCUUGAAAAACUCACCCUUUAAGUUUUUUUUAAUUUUGUAAAUAAAUUAGGUAGGGUAUAGAAAAAAAAUUAUGUACUUAAAUGAUAUGUGUAUGUUGUCUUUAUAUGAAUAUUUUUAUUUUUUUGUAAGUAUUUUUAAAUUUUCUAGAUCUAAGGUACCGUAAGUCUGUAGGGUAGGUGCCUACACAGUACACAUGCCCUUUUUAUAUUAAACUGGAAAUAGAGGGCUGGAAGAAAAACGCAAAACUUAGGGGAAAGGAAGCUGCUUGAUUUUGUUGAAGAAGGAAUUGAAUAUUCGUGAUGAAUCCCCGUUAGCUUGCAACAUUUUCAAAACAUCACAAUAAAACAGACUUGCUGAAUUCUAGAUAAAAGUAACGAUUCUUUUAUUGAGGCAAUUUAUUUCUAAUUAAUAAAGUUCCUAAUGGUAAAUUAAUUGCCUCGAAAUAAGUAUAGGUCUGUUCCAGCUCCAAUCAAAUUUCCCUUUGGGACAGACCUAGUUUAGUAAACUUUUCAGUGUCAAAUUAUCGCGGUUUUUAUAGGUCUAUCUCAUAAGGUCUGGUCUGAGGACAUACUUUUACCGACAAUGACAUUACCAGCAUUAAACGGUAAAACUUUGAUGACUGCCAACAGACAAGAUACUUUAAGAAAGAAGAAUAUCUUCAAUAUCAGUAGUUCUCAUUGCUCAAAAACUGAGCUUGUUUCAUACAAUGAAGAACCAUUCCAGAAUUUCAUAACUUUUUUUUGUUCUAUAACAAAUUAUGGAUUGUGUAUGCAGUAGGUUUUUUUUUAGUUGAGAGUUGUCCCUCUGUAUCCAAAAGAAUACCCAUAAAUUUCAAGUUUUUCCUCUGUAUUAAAAUCAGGGUGUCUUGAGUUAUAUCAAAAUUUUAAGAUAAUUGGCCCGCUGGUGUCUUGUCGGUAUCAUGCCAAUAUCAAAGGAUCUGCUCUCAAGCUCCUUUUGAGAUCUUAGAUCAACUUACCCUCAACUACUUCCUGGAUUUGACUAAAUUCCCAAAUUGUCUUAUAGCCGUGAUUUAUUAUGAAAGUAACAAUAAUUCGCUCAGAAAAACAUCAUAAUGUAAAUAUCAUAUCCUUUUGUGCAUAUCCGAAAAAUAAUGUAUGUUGUACAUAUCGAAAAGCCACUUUAUAUCUUCUCGAUAAUUUUUUUACUGCCGCAAAGUUAAAUAUUAUUGAGACAAAAAAAGGUGCUCCGUUUUAAGUUUAUUGUGGGAUAUUUUUGAUAUAAUUAUUGCUAUCUCACAACAAUUUUGCAUAGAGUAACCUUAUAACUGUGUUAUCUAGUAAAUAUUGUUGUAGUCACUACAUGAUGUGAUAUAAUUAUUAUUUUAUAAUUUUGUUAUUUUCGCUUGUUGAAUCCUGUGAAAUUUUAUCCAAAACAAGUGUGUGGCUCAAUCAUUUUUAUUAUUAUUAUUAUUAUCAAAUUAAUAACUAUCUUUGUAAGUAUUCCUGUUAUAAACAUUGUAAGAAUUGAUAUUUAAUAUCGUGGUUUUUAGGCCAGUGUAUUGUAUUUUUAUAACGUGCCUUAAUUUUUCUUGCACAUAAUAAUAAUAAUGACGGUGUUAAAUUGGUUAAAAAAAAAAAUGUAUGAGGUUUUUUUUUAAUAAAAUAAAUUCCUAAAACAAUAAAAAA